ACGCGAGUACCGGUACGGCAUAAUAUGAUACCUGCGCUCCUACGCGCCGGGUGUGUAUCAAUCCCUUCCACCCAGCCAUGGUUCUUUGUCCCAAUUCCGUACUCGAAUGCAGGUAUUCUGAACGCGCUACAUCGCCCGGCGGUGAGCAACGGCGAUUUCUAACACCAGUAUUCUUCGUCCGGUAACCUCUGCUUCAUCCUCCUCGUCCCUCCGGCCUCCAAAAUAGCCUUUUGCCUUCAACCCCUCCCGCUGCAACUCUUGGACUGUACAGUAAGUCCAACACUCCUGGCUCUCUUCUGAGUCUCCUCCUUACAAGCUGCUUACUGAGUAUUGCCAUACGUAAUUAGUAACACAGUUGGACCCUCAGCAAGAUCGCCUCGAUAAUCCCCACCAACCAGCCCGCGAAAGUUUUGUAGGAAACAAGCUCGUUGUGGAUUGGCACAACUCCGAUAUUGUCUCUAAUUUGUUUUACAAUUUGUUUUACACUUCGGUCUGACCUAUGCCUCUUUGAUAUAGAAACGUCGAUUAACCAACGAAAUUCACACCGUCCUCUAACCCGAAGGCACUGGCCCUGGUAUCUCCGGCCUCAUCAGUUUAUCAGCAGGACCGCAAGCCUGGUGAACAGGGUCCGGAUGUGUAUAGACUAAUCAGGUUGGAGAACCAGGAUCUCUACCAGAGGCACCGCUCAACCCUCGUCGCACUGAAGACGGGAGUGCACCCAGGAAUCUGAGGCUCGCCGCCAGGAGGCCCUUACUCUCGCCGGACACGAUCCGGAGGAACCUCAGAUCAGGCUAUCCGUCAUCCGCCACAAACCGCGCACAGAGAAUGUAUAACCGCGAAUGGGCCUGGGAUGGCUCAUCUUUUCCGAUCCAGCAACAAGCUUUCUGCGCAUUGAUGGAAAAGGAACUAGUGUUGUUUACAUUAUUAUCGCAGAGCUUGUCUUUGCUGCCCGAAUCACCAAAACCAAAGAUCUCCUGCCUACUCAAAUAAUAAACUUCAACAAAAUCUUUCAAUACCCCACCAACAAAGGCUUUCAUCCUGCUGUUCAUAACAACCACACUUUGAUUAAUGGAAAAAUAGGGCCAUUGAUUGGCGAGCUGCAGUGGAAAUAAUUCAAGCGUUUAGCACCUAUGCACCGACGUCCGAGGGCAGGAAGCAGCCAGAAGCCUGGAUCGAACAUCGUGCCGGCGCUCAGGAAAUCCACGAACCUUUCGCCGAUGGCUUUUUUUCGCUCGCCCCGCCAAUGUACUUGAACCAGGUGGAGGAGCGUGCAGAUCUGAAGGUUCCAGUUUUAGGGUUGGAGUGUAACAUGGGACCUAACCACCCGUUUGCAUAUCGCUCUAAUCUCGCCUACACUUAUGGUACGCUCUCCCCAAAAGGCAGGCCCCUAUUCGAUAAGGAGCGUGUUAACCUAGAGACAGAUGGUUUUGAGAACCUAGGUCACACAGAUAAUGACGCCUCAACAUACACUCAUGAUAACAACAGUGGAGUUCAUGAAAAUAAUGGACUUCUUGCUUCAUUUAGUGAUGACUAUCGCCAAACUGGGGGAUUUUUCUACAUUGCCGAUUAUGCAAUUCUCAUUGACUACAGCCUCAUAGAUGGUGUUGUGGAGCAAGUCUGGUUGAGUCCAAAGCACGUUCAUGGCACUGUUUCCGGUGCGUAUCCCGAAGGAUUUACACGGUAUGGCAACAGCUCACAAAUAAAUGCGCGUCCGACGAAGCGUGUUUCCCGAUAUAUGAAAGAAGGGGUUGGGAAGGUGGUUGGAGAUCAGGAACGAUACCAAGGAACGCUUAAGGAUUUAGAAAAGAGGAACUAGACGUGAGCGGAUUGCUCGGCUCAUACUAUACCAUGCUGGGAAGUUUGUCUGGAAACUUGACCAGAUCGAUCUAAUCAGCUCAUCCAAAUCGGAUUCCUUUCCUCCUAUUUCCCUAACCCCUCCCCCGGGUAACAAGUAUCCCUAACAAGCCGAGCGGAAUGGAAGGAGGAAAGGGAAGAAAGCCAAAACAGAGCCGAUAAAUAUCACCGAAUCGUUUCCACUUCUCUUGAUGGUGGUGGUGGGCUUGCACAGUGCGCGAUCGGUUCGGGGGGUAGAGAAGUGUGUUGUCUCGUGUCUAUGGGGUGGUUAGCUAACUGAGUGUUAUAUUGGCAGGAAGACACCACAGGGGUAACCCUUCGCACUCUCUGCCUGCGCUCGCCGGCACUCUACAUGUGUGUACCUUCCCUCAUGUAUUCCCAUACAUGUCUCUACACGCCCGUGCUCCUACUGCUCUCUGCGCUCCUAAUGACUGCAACACUACUGGGAUUAUCAUACCAUCACCCUCGAGGUCUCGAGGGACCUAUGCUGGAUCUCCUAAGGGGUUCUCCCCCGAUCUCCAUGCCCCCGACUGUGCCUCCUUGAUCGUGUUCAGACACCCUCACUUCUAGAUUCCCGAUAUCUCAUCCGCUGCCCAUCCGUUAGCGAUCAGUAAGGCCACCGUGUAAUCUCUCUCACAUUGGACCUCUGACCCAGAACGCGAGUGGAAGGAGCACAUUCCCGGAAAACUUUGCCGAAUUAAUCUUACCCUAUAAGCAUAAACUCACGUCUCAGUCAAAACCACAGGCCUCUCCGGCGCUCCAUCACUGGGACGACUAAACUAAAGUCGACCUUUGGAAGCCCGGAGUAAGGGGCUUGGUUGAUUCACGAGGUCGGCAACUAAAGUGAUAUGUUUGGCUGUGUGGACAAGAUCUUGGAUAGGUCAUGUAUUCUAGAGAUAGUUUAAGGCUGCAAGGCACCUACUCAUUAGCAAGGAUAUAAUCGAAGAGUGCUGCAAUAUCCGUGACAAGGACCUCGUUCAUGUCAGACUUUUAGGUUGGGCUUCACGGGUCUUUGGUUGUAUGGAUAUGUGCGUUCAGUGCGGUGUUUGAAGGCGAAUUACUGGCAUUUGCAGUAUACAAAUAGUAGGAAGUGGAAUGGGGAUUCAAAUAUUCAAUUUUAUUCUAAGAGA